AUGAGACAGCAGAUUGGGUUGCAGGGGAUAGAUCAGGAAGUUGAGCAAGAGGCUAGAGGUAUCUACGGUAGCAGGAAGCUACAUGAAAUAGAUCAGGAGGUCUGGCAGGCUAGAGGCAUCUGUGGCAGUAGUUGUGAAACUAUGACAGGGGGUCUUAGUGGGUACAAGAGUUAUUGGAAUUGCUGUGCAUUCCCUGAACUGUCUAUAGUGGAGAUGAGUACUUUAUUGAGUGUGCGGCCUUAUUUUGAUGGUAGCAAUUAUGCAUGUUGGAAAGUUAGCAUGAGGGCUUUCCAGAAAUCUAUGGAUGAAAGGAUUUGGUUGAGUAUACUUAAUGAAAUGACAACUUCUGGUACCACACUCCCGAAUACGACUGGGGAAAAACCAAAAAAGUUUAAUGGGUCAGAUUUCAAGCGUUGGCAACAAAAAAUGCUUUUUUAUCUGACGACAUUAAAUCUGGCUAAAUUUCUCAAAGAAAAUACGCCUUCAUAUACCGAGCAAGACAGUGAUGCUGAAAAAUUGGCUGCGGUUGAUACAUGGAAGCAUUCUGAUUUCUUAUGCAGAAAUUAUGUGCUUAAUGGACUGGAUAACACAUUAUAUAAUGUGUACUGCAAUGCUAAGUCCGCAAAAGAACUGUGGGAAUCUUUGGACACAAAGUACAAAAUCGAAGAUGCCGAACUUGACCAAAUUAACGUCGUUACUCAUGCACCCACUGUCCACUUUUAUGGUCCAAAUACAGAUUUUCACUAUUCAGAUGCAAUCCAAAUUCUNAAAGACUCGUUGAGCAAAGCGCUUGUAAUCUUCUACCCAUUAGCCGGGCGUCUCCAUGAGAUUGAAUUUGGGGGAGGCCGCCUUGAACUUCAUUGCGAUGCCAAGGGAGCUAUUCUCGUCGAAGCUGAGACAGAAUUCACGGUAGAAGAUUUUGCAAAACAGGAUUUUCUUCCGAAUGAAAAAAUGAGAGAGCUUAUUCCGAAAAUGGAUUAUAGUAAUACUCCAAUAUCCGAGCAACCGUUGGUUUUGGCGCAGCUUACUAAAUUCAGUUGUGGUGGACUUUCUCUUGGCUUGGGCAUUUCUCACGUUUUAGUAGAUGGCCCGUCUGCUUUCCAUUUUAUCAAUGAAUGGGCCAAAAUUUCACGCGGGGAGAAGACCGGUAUCCUCCCAGUACUCGAUCGGAAAAUUUUGCAAAUUGAAGAACCUCCGAAGUUUGAGCAUACGGUUUUGACACCACCGCCACUCCUAAUAGGCCAGUCGGACAAUACGGAGGAGCGGAAGAAGCCAACAGCAAUUGCCAUGCUAAAGCUAAGCAAAGAACAAAUUGAUAAAUUGAAGGACAAAGCAAACGAGGGUAAACUAUACAACAAUUCCUCUCGUCCAUAUAGCAGGUAUGAGGCUGUCGCUGGACAUGUGUGGAGAUGUGCCUCCAAGGCACGAAGGCUCGUAGACGAGCAACUAACUCGAUUGCACGUAGCAGUCAGCUUCAGAAAUCGAAUUCAGCCACCAAUACCACAAGGCUUCUUCGGGAAUGCCAAUUUACGUGAAGCAGCAAUAACCACAGUUGGGGAAUUACUCUCUAACCCUUUAAGUUAUGCUUCAAGUAAAAUACGCGAAACUGUUGAUCAAGUAACAGAUGAAUACGUAAGAUCAUAUCUUGGACUUAUUAAGGCUCUACCAGAUGUUUCCGUGCACCGUAAUUUUCACACAGCAGGGUGUGCAAUGGGAGCUUUCUAUGGAAAUCCAAAUAUGGAAGUCACAAGUUGGACAUCUAUGCCUGUAUAUGAAGCUAAUUUUGGUUGGGGAGAGGUGAUCCACUUGGGCCCUGGAUCAAUGGGUUUUGAUGGGAAAUCCUUCAUUAUUCUAGAUCGAGAUGGAGGUGGAUCAUUUACUCUUGCAUUGUGCUUGCAACAGGAGUAUAUUGACACAUUCAAGAAGUUGUUUUAUGAAGAAAUAUCCGCAAUUUCUUUAUGUUCUCCACAAGCUCAAAAUAAACCUAGUCUGCCAGCUUGAUUUUAAUUUGCAAGUAGUUAUUUAUCUUCAUUUUUCCAUUUACAUUUGUAGGUUUCCAUAAUAAUCUUCCUUGUUGGAGCAGAAGGAUUGAAUAUUAUCCAUUACUAGUUCAUUAAAUUCUAAAUAUAGCUAUGUGGAA